AGCCAUUGGCUCAUCGGUACAGCAACCUGCCAAAGUGCAUGCCAACUUCACAAGUUUAGAUGGGUCAGCAAAACUGUGGCUGUGGCCCAUGUGACAAGGAUGAGAACGAGACAACUGGCAAGGUGGACGAUGUGGGAAGAUCUGGCUACGCUCUUGACAAGGCAGCCGAGGAGACGAUCUUUGAACCACCGAAUGCUCCAAUUGGACUGCGAAAAGGUUGCAGCCCAAAGGCAGAUCCUGGUCUCGUGGAUUCGAUCGAUGCAUCGGUGAAGGACGCUAAAAAGGCUGUGCCGAAAGCGUGGAGAAAACUCAGAGGUGAAUUUGGAGUGCAAGUGAACAUCUGGGGAAGCCUGGCAAUUGGCUCACGAGGCCAAGGAGACACCAAAAAGAAGGAGCGGGAGAUCGCCAAGAAGGGCAUUGACGCCGCCUUGGCGCAGUUUGAGACCAAUCCUUCUGAGGCACUGGGCUGGGCUGGAUUCAUGGGGGCCGAUGGAGCCGAUGAGGCCGAUGAGGCCGAUGGAGCCGAUGAGGCCGAUGAGGCCGAUGAGGCCGAUGAGACUUCACCAAUAUCCAGACACUUUGACCGCAGUGGUGAGGCCAAUCAAGUUUCUUUGAAGCUUGGUUCCAAGUCUGGAAAGCAGCAACUCCCAGAGUCUAGUAGCACAAGCAAGUCAUGCAACCUUGUUUGUUUCGUUGACGAGACUAGUAACACCGUUUUUGCUCUUUUGACUUUGUUUGCAUCAUUGUCUUUUGAGCCAGUUGUGCAAAUCACCAGAAUGCUUCGCCUUCACUGUUGGAAUAUCCUUCUGGGUAUUUGUGUUGGGUUGACUGUCUUGACCAGUUGUUUUUGCGGAUUUGACUUGACUUGCUUUUUGCUGCUGCCUUUCCGUGAUGGUAGCCUUUGUUUGCUUGAGUCCUUGCUGAUUGUCCUUCUCAAUCUUGCGGCGCAGUGGGUUUGUCUACUGGCCCUGGUGUGCGUGGCAGUCAUGCAUGUGCCUUCUAAGCUGACAGUGUGUCGUCGCUCUCACGUUGUUGUUGUCCGGAAGUCUUUGUGGCCGGAUCUUCUUGGGGGCACUGGUUUGGAGGAAAUUGGUUCCAAGUCAUGGUUGGACAACAUCUUGCAGGGCUUGAAUGCCCGACAACUGAAGCCACCCAUGCAGCAAGUUCGGAUGCUCGCGCAAGAUGAAGCCACUUUGCGGCGACUACAAAAAAGUGAAUCGCUGAAACAUCAGCUUGACAUUAUUUGUGGCGCUGCUUAUAAGGCCAAGUUGUCGUGGAAGAAAAUUGAUCAAAUUGACCCUGUUUCUUCUUCUCUCUCAACUGCUGCCCCGGCGGCUCCUCCUCCUUUGCCUGAAGUGCAAACAUGGAGGUUGCGUGCUCGUGACUGGAAAGUUGUGAAACCAGCAGCUACCGAUGGUGCUACUCGCAUUGUUCGGUCCGUUCCUGCCCAUGCCCCUCCAGUUGGUGUUUUCACUCUUGUCACUCUUGAAGCAACUGCGCGUUCUGAGGUGCAACCGGUCGAGACUAUUGUUGUCUUUCCUGACAAUAGUCAUCACAUGUACAAGGUUUUUCUCACGCACCUCGGCACUGACAAGUUGAGAACUACUGCUUGGACUACGGUAUCGCUUGCUUCGGUUGAUUCUGUUGAAGUGUUGCUUGAAUGGUGGAAAGAUUUGUCUGAUGGAGCUGUUUUGGCUGCCUUUGAUAAAUUUGUGAAACUUGCUUCUUCGCCUGUUGAUUCUGAUAAGGACUCCUUGGCCAACAAGGGCAAGUCCAAAGGCAAAGGCAAGACCAAACAUGGUAAACUGCCUCACCGUUUGUCUGACACUUUGGUCGCGAAUUUGAAUUCACACGUGAGUCAUAUGCUUGGCGAUGCCACUGGCCAAAAGCUGGCUGGCGCAUGGACCGCCUCCGGCCACAAUGUCAGGGCUGAUAUCAUUCGCGUUUCUGUUCGCCUCCCAAAAGCGGAUGCCCUUACCUGUUUGAAAUCGGGAACGCAGCACAGUGCCGUUUUGGUUCGGGAUAUUCACACCAUUCCUGAGGCGAAAGACUUGUGUUGCGUCUGGAUUUCUCCUGGCUGUCCUGUCCUUGAAGGUUCUGCGGCCCACACUCGCCAAAGUUUGCAGUUGUAUUUGGCUAGCUUUGCUCACCCUUGGUCUGUUGUGCGUACUCCUUUUCGUUGGGGGAUCAGGAUCCACAAAGAUCAUGAGAGAGAAGUUAAAGCCAUUGUGCAGCCGCAUGCUGUGUUUGUGCCUGCUGAUCACUUCAAGUAUCGUAUUGCGCAUGUUCCCCGAUCCCUUGAUCCUGCUGUUCUGGUUGCCACUCUGACCUCUGACUCGUUCAAGCCCUACUUGGUUUCGUCUUUCAAGGGAGUUGUGACCAUAGCUGCGCCCUGUCCACCUGCGGACAUUGUGUUUACAAUUGCUGAGCUUGGUUGUACUCUGUUACUUCAGCAUCUUCCUGGUCCUGCCAGUGGUGGUCCUCCUCUUGUCCCGUCCCGCCAUGUUGAAGAUGCGAGCCCAAAGCGAAAGAGUCGGCGAGCUGACUCUGAAAAUGCUUCUGUUGGUCCUGACAAUGGCCAUGGUGCUGACACUCGGGGUGGAGCUAAGGGAGGGGUUCUUUCUACUAAUCCGUUUGGUCCUUUGGAUGAUGCCUAUCAAGUUGCUUUUCCGCCUUUGCCCAACGCUGGUGUUGCUCGGGAGCUCGCUUCGACCGAACCUGAGUUUGAGCUUGGAACCCUGCCUAAUCUCGGGAACACAUGUUUUGCGGCUGUGGCUGUCCGUUGUUUGGCUCACAUUGUCAAAAAGUCGGAUUUGCGCUCGUCUGUCCUUCAAGAUGUUUCCUUGAGGCGUUUGUUGGAUGACUUGUCGCCGGCCCAGUGGACGCGCUUCAUCAAACAUCAUCACCUCGAGCAUGGUCAGCAGCAAGAUGCUGCUUUGUGGUUGCAGAAGUGGUUGGACUCUGAGUCGGUUUUGUGUUCGCAUCUUUCUGUCACUGAACAUGUUGCUCUUGAAUGUGUUGGGUGCAGUGAGCCCAAGACAGCUGAAUCAAGUUUUUCUCUUUGGCGCGUUCCCGCUCCCAGUGGCGGCUCUACUUCGUUGCAGAAGCUGCUUGAUGAUGAUCAAUGCUGUUCGGCCAACCCUGAGGUUGAAGUCUCGUGCUCAUGUUGUUUUGCUGAACACGCGGAAGCUGUGUCUAAGCGUCUUUCUUUGAAUGACUGGCUUCUCAUUCAGACUCUGAGGGCUGAUGUCAAUGAUAAGAAAAAACACACGGCUAUUUCACUCCCCGACACGGUUGUUGUUGCUGAUGCGUCUUGGGAUAUGCACCUUGCCGUGUGUCACUUGGGUGAGUCUGCGUCUUCCGGGCAUUAUGUUUUGCUUGUUCGUUCAGGUCACGAUUGGCUGUUGUAUGACGAUGGAACUUGUCGUGUUGCCUCUGCUCAAGACAUCUUGGAUAUGCCUUCUUCCUGGUCGUUUGUGUUGUAUCGUCGGCGUUGUGAAGGAUCGUCGCCGCAGUCUCCUGCUGUUGUUGUUGACAUCGCUGCCUUGCCUGCAUCAUGUGCUGAUGCCGUUCCUUCGUCAAACCCUCCUGUUGCCCACCCCACGGUUGGUCCUGGCAGGGAUGACCGCCCUGACAUGCCGUCUGCUGACAAGCGUGCUGACAGUGUCAAUGAUUCCAGCGGCCCUCUCCAUGCUGAUUUGCGCAGCUUGCUUGCGGUUUUGUCUCAGCGGGUUGAUGCGCUUGAGGUUGAAGUGCAAUGUCUUCGGGGAGCUGGUUCCCUUCAUGAGAAGCUUGUGUCCUUGGCUUGUCCGGGUUCUGGUCUGUCCGUGCCUGUGCGUUCAACUCUUGGCGAUGCUUGUUCUCCCGGUGGUGACCGUCUAGGAGACACGGUUGCGAGCAACCCUGGCUGUGAUGCGGAUAAGCUUGUUGUUGCCUCUUGUCAGGGUCAGACCGGGAUGCAGGCCCAAUCCUUCCCUUGUGGCCCUCCUCCCCCGGUCGUUAUCGAACCUGUUCCUUCGGACGCUUUACCAAAACGGAAAAAGCCAGUCGAAAAACAAAGCAGCAAUCUGUCAUCAAUUCCUGUGGGCUCUUUUCCCCGUUCCACCAAUCUGGCAAUUGUGGCUGAAAUCCUUCGCUUGCAAACUGCUGGCUUUGCUGAAGUUGCUUGGAUUUUUGAGCGCUUGCACGCUGACUCCAUUUUGCUCCCUUUGGCCCAACAGGCGCAAGACGUUGGUGGUUGGAAAAAUCUGGGUGAAGCUUUGACUUAUAACAGUCGUGAAGCUCAAACUCAACUCCAGAAUGAUGGCAUCCAUAGCCCAAGCGUCCGCUGGCUUGUGUUUCGCAUGCUCCAGCGUGGGAGGUAUAAUCGGUUUGCUUCUGUCCUGGCGGCUGGUCAUUGGGACCUCUUGCGUCAGAGUUUGGCUGUGUGCGACGUUCCUGACUGGUGGUCGCCUCCUUGGUGUCGUCCUGUCCAUCGUCCGCAUGCUGCGCAAGCUCGUGGUCGUCGCCCGUUGCUUCCUCAUGAAUGGCAUCGCGCCCAAAGUUCCAAACGCAGUCGCCCCCCUGUUCCUGUUGCUCCUUGUGUUGGUGGCCCUGUCCGUUCGCGCAGUCGUUCCCGUUUUCGCGAUCAAACCUUGCCUGUGCCGGUUGCUCAACCUGCUGUAGUUGGAGCUCGUAAGGUCUCUGUGGCUGUUCCCACCUCUUCUGUGAAGAACAAGAAGAAGCGCAAGGCGAAAGGCCAAGCUGAUGUCAAAGGGGGUGAAACUGAAUCUGGUUCAACUCCUUCCUUGUUUCGGGUUGCUGCUAUGAAUGUGACUUCCCUUUUUUCCCGUGUUGCUGCGGUCUGUGCUCUUACGUUUGGUCUGGCGUGUGUCUCGGAGACUGCUCUCACCGGUACCGGGCAAGCCAGUGUUACUAUGCGACUGCAGCAGUCAGGGCGUUGUGUAGUUUGGGGCGCUCCUGUGCAUGGUCCUGGCGUUUCGUCGUCUCGAGGUGUUGCCUUGAUUGGUGGUCCUGGCGUUCGUCUUUCGCCGCUUGAUCUCCCGGAUUGUCUGUUGGAUUAUUGGGCCGAUGGUCGUAUUGUUGCUGGCAAAGUGUCUCAGCAGUUUGGCAAAGCGGAUAUUACUUGUGUUGCGUGCUACGGUCACACACAUGAUGUUCAACGCCGAGAAGACAUGCUGAGCCAGAUUGUUGGUUGGGUGCUGUCGUUGCCCGGUCAUGUCCUUGUCGCUGGGGAUCUCAAUUCCUCUCUUCAGGAUUCACUUGCUUUACACCAGCUCGUGCGGCAGGGUUAUCGAACGGCCAAUCCUCAGGAAGUUGUGACAUGCCGUGCUCAUAACUCUCACACGGGUUCCGUUAUCGACCAUGUCCUUUUUUCUCCUUCAUUGUUGCAGUCCUUUGUGUGUGGGGAGGUUCUCUCUGCUGCUCCCUUCCCCACCCACCGACCCGUUUGCGCUGAUUUUGAUUUCAAUCCUGCUCAUGACUCUUGGAGUGUUUUGCAACCUCCUCGGUCUUUCCCUCUUUCCGAGUGUGUCUCCCGUUCUGUUAAGUCCCAGGAUUGGUCUGCUGACUUUAUUCAUGUCUCUAAUCUCCUUGAAGAUGAACGCCCUGAUGAUGCGUAUGCUCUAUGGACCCAACUCGCUGAAUGUGAACUUGCGCGGCAGUGCCGACUUGGUGGAAAAACUGUGUGCUCCUCCCAUUUCGGUCGCGCUGUUGUUCCUGCUCUUAGGGUUUGUGAUCCGCAGUCUCUUCGGCUCCAAGGUGAUGUUGACUUUCGUCGACUUGAACGCGCUCGUGCUGGCUUAGCUGAACUGUGCUCCUGUUGGGAUUCUUGUGUUGCUAACAAUCACAGCCAAGCCAUCUGGACAAAUGCUCGUCGUCGCAUCCUCCUUGUGUUUCGCUCUCAUCCUCUCCCGAGCCAACUCCCUGGCAAGGUUGAAGUCCAAACUCAACUUGAUUGGUUGCGGCGCACGAUUGAUCGGCGCAAUAAACAACGUCGCGAUGAAGUUUUGUCGGCCUGGCGCACUCGCAUGCAAAUGUCGCAGGCUGAAAGAUUCAAAUGGGCUAAGGCCAAAUACACCUCCUGGCAAAACAUUCACGAUACCGUUGCUUGCUUUCGAAAGGUUGAAGAGAUCUGGCAACCGAUCUUGGCUCGACGCCCGGAUGCAGCCCCUUCUUGCCCAUCAAACUUCACCGAAAAUGGUUUUGCUGAGCCUGCCUUGUCUAGCUCUCUCAAAAGUACGUUGCACCAGCUUGAUAUGCUUCGCAUGUCUGGUUCUGAUCUUCGGUCUGCAGUUGACAAAAUUGCGGCUCACUCCGCUUGUGGUGCUGACGGUUGGCGUCGGUGUGAGUUGCUUGCCUUGCCCGCCUGUUUCUGGGAUCUCUUGGCUCAGGUUUUGUAUGGCAUGGCUGCUUCUGGCACUUGGCAUCCUUGUUUGCGCACGGUUGUGACUACUUUGAUUCCCAAGAAAGCUUCUGUUGACUUUCUGACUGAUCCUGCUGGUUUGCGUCCGAUCUCUGUGGCUUCUGUGGUUUACCGUGCUUGGUCUGGUGUCGUUGCGCAACGUCUGCAUGCUGUUUUGGAGUGUUCUCUGCCAUCGUGCUCUCAUGGCUUUCGCACUGGUGAGUCUGCCCAAGCUGCUAUGGCCUCCACGUAUCUUCGUUGUCAAAAUGCUUCCUUGUCUGGUUGUCAUGUUUAUUUGGUUUCCUAUGACAUGCACAAGUGUUUCGACUCGCUUCCUUGGCGCAAAGUGCGUGACAGCUUGGUUGAAUGCGGCGUGCAACCUGCGUGUGCUAGUGCUCUUCACAGUCUGUGGUCUGGUCUUCGUCGUAUUUGGAAACUCCAAGGUCGUUUCUCUGACGCGUCCUUCUCCAGUACUAACGGCCUGUUUCAAGGGGACCCUAGCGCUCCGGCGUGUUUGUCUGCGUUUCUCUGCUGUCCUAUUCGUGAGUUGGCUCGUCGUUUUCCUGAGGUUUCUAUCUCGCUUUAUGCUGAUGAUGUCCUGUUGUCUUCGCCUCAUCUGUCUCAGCUUCACGCUGCGCAUGAUUUCUUUGUUAGUUGGCUUCAGGACCAGCAUGUCACCUUGAACAUCGGUAAGUGCAAGUGGGCCAGUACUUGUCCAGGCAAUGAUGCCGUGAGCGCGGCUCAUUUUCAAAUUGGAGGCGUCAACUUGGGGCGUCUCACUAUUUUGGAAAUAUUGGGUGGGCAUUUUGAUCUCGGCGCUCUCUGCGUUGGCUCUUCUGCUCACUGGACUGCGUUGUUGGACAAGUUCUUAACCAUUGCCAAACGGUUCAAGUGUUUGUCAGUCGGGUAUGAACCUCGAUCUAGAGAUAUUGGGGCUUUGAUGAAUAUGCUCACUUACUCUGCUAUCGCUUGGGAUCCUCUGAGUGCGGUUGAUGCUCGCACACAGCGCAUCCUUGUCAAUGUGCUCUCUGGUGGUCGCACCAAUACCCGUAGGUGCUUAGAAGUUAGUCUUGCUCUUCUCAGUCCUAUUCAUCGGUCCUCUAUUCCUCAUGCGCUGCUUCAUGAACAGGUUGCGUUGUUGUUUCGGCUGGCAAAUACCAAUUUGGAAUAUCAACAGCUUUUGCAGUCCCAUUUCCAUUUAUGUUCUGAAAUGACUUGUCCUCCUGCUGAUUCCUUUUAUGUUCGGCUUCAACAGGCCCUUCAGGCUUUUGGGUGGAGGUGGGUUGCUUGGAAUCAACUGGCGUCUCAAAGCGGACAAAUGUUUCAUCUAGUCUGCAAGACCAUGGAAUGUCGCCGCAGAGUUAUGUGUCAAUCCUUCGCCCAGGCCUCUGAUAUGGCUGAUGUGAUGAAAACUUUUGCAAGCACACGUUUGCUUCAUAAGAGGGAACUGCAUCAACAUAGCCUUUCAUGCUUGCAUGCUUUGCGCGAUGCCAUGCGCCAUGUGUGUUUUCAGACUGCUAGUCGGCGCAGACGUGACAUGCGCAAUUUGGAACAUGUUGAUCGGGCUCUGUUGCGUCGUGUUCUGGGUUCCGAUGAGGUUGCAUGCAGUAUUCGUUGUAUUAUGCAAGGUGCCACUCUCACUGCUGAUCGUCUGAACCGGUCUUCUCGCGGUACUGUGUCUGCUACUUGUCCGUUUUGUCGCCUUGGUGUUGAAACCGAGAUUCAUCGUUGGUGGCAAUGUCCGCGUUGGGAUUAUGUCAGGUCUUCCUGCUUGGGUGAGCAUGCCCCUGUGAUUUGCGCCCAGCUUGCUGCAAGCGACUCUGUCGCAUCAAUUUGUGGCAUCCCCACUCUGGGUUUGUCAGCUUUUCUACAGUCAAAGUGGGUAGACAUUUGUGCUUGCAUGGCGGCUGUUUUGGGAGCUGCCAAUGAACAUGAUCAGUAA